CGGGAGAUGGCAGCGCAGUGCAGUCGGCAGGCCUGCUUUUGCCUUAUUUAAUUAGUUUCCUCAUGUAAAUAAGCCGUGAUUUGGUUUCAUUCUCAGUCUCACUGCAGUUUCGCUAGCAUGAGCGGCCGGACACCAAAGUUGUCGCUCAUCACCGACGACUACGAAAUUUCGGACAAGGUUUUGGGACUCGGCAUCAAUGGCAAGGUGCUGCAGUGCUUCAGCAAACACGCCCGCCAUAAAUUUGCACUAAAGGUGUUGCACGAUUGCGUUAAGGCGAGGCGAGAGGUCGACCUGCACUGGAGGGCCAGCGGCUGCCGGCACAUAGUCAACAUCAUUGAUGUCUACGAAAACUCUUACGGAGGCCAGAAAUGCUUGCUGGUGGUCAUGGAGUGCAUGGAAGGCGGCGAGUUGUUCCAAAGAAUUCAGGACAGACAAGACGGUGCUUUUAACGAAAGAGAGGCUGCGCAGGUAAUGAGAGAAAUCUGCAUAGCUGUUAAAUAUCUGCACGACAUGAACAUCGCGCACCGUGACCUGAAGCCAGAAAAUUUGCUGUAUACACAACCAGGAGAGGAAGGCGUUUUGAAGCUGACAGACUUUGGCUUCGCCAAAGAGACAUUCACAAAAGACACUUUGCAGACGCCGUGCUACACGCCGUAUUACGUCGCGCCGGAGGUGUUGGGCCCGGAGAAGUACGACAAGAGCUGUGAUAUUUGGUCCCUCGGCGUCAUUAUGUACAUUUUACUGUGCGGAUUCCCUCCAUUCUACAGCAACCACGGCCUGGCCAUCUCGCCGGGCAUGAAGAAGCGCAUCCGCAUGGGCCAGUUCGACUUCCCUGAACCUGAGUGGAAGAAUGUCUCCAAGGACGCCAAAGACCUUAUAAAGGGCAUGCUCUGCAUAGACCCCACGCAGCGUCUUGAAAUCUUCCAGGUCAUGAACAACAAGUGGAUCGCUCAAUACACAGAAGUGCCUCAGACCCCGUUGUACACUGGCCAGAUGUUGAAGGAGGGCGAGGAGCUGUGGCCGGAGGUGCAGGAGGAGAUGACCCGCUCGUUGGCCACCAUGAGGGUUGAUUACGACCAGGUGCAGGUGAAGAACCUGGAAAUAUCCAACAACCCGCUGCUCAACAAGCGGAGAAGAAGGGCCGAGGAGAUGGCAGCCAAUUAAACCGUAUGCAAAACCGUUCUUGUCUUCCCCUUAACUGGAUUGACGCGCCUUGAGAAGGUUUCCGCAACGCAGAGGGUAAUUUCGGCUCGAGGACGGCUUACCCUUGCAAAGAAAGGGACUCGUAUUAACCCUUAUACUUAACGAUUUACGUAUUUCCCAAUUGAAAAAGUCAAAAAGAUAGCUCUGAAAUUAUGAUUUCGGGCGAACUGUUGGUCUUUCUUUUAUUUGUUCUCUUUGAGAAAGAAGUUACAAUUUUUCCAUUUUUAUUUAGACAACAACCAUUGUUACAUAGAGAGCAUAUUUCUCUUUUUUAUUCUUCCCAAAUUUUUGAAUCGUGUGAUAAACCAGUUCUGUUUAGCCAAAGUUGAACUUGAAUAAAAAUGCAGGCUUUAAUUAACAAGUAAA